AUGAUUACGACCGCCGUAUACGGUCUUGUCGAUGAAGAACCAGUAUCACCGCCAAGACCCUCACCCUCCUCAAACAAAGUCAGCAUUAUUACCUAUGAAAAUCGUCAUACUUUAUGGUAUCUUGAUCGUUUUAAAGAAAUAAAUCAACGUUAUUGUGAUUAUCAUGGUUACAAAUAUAUAUUCUAUGAUAGUUAUUCAGGAGAAAAUGAUAUGCCACCCUAUUGGAUUAAGGUCAAAAUUUUGUAUGAUUUAAUUGUGUCUAACAACGGCUAUGAUUAUCUAAUGUGGAUUGAUAGUGAUGCAGUUAUUAAUUAUGAAAAUAUGAAGAUGAUAACGAUUGAAUCAUAUUUUGCAAACACAGACUAUACCUUUAUUGGAGCACCUGAUCAAGCUGAAUGGAAUUCUCCGUUUAAUGCUGGUGUCUGGAUAGUUAAAGGCAAUCAAAAAGGAAAAGAAAUUAUGGCGAAAUGGCUCUCCUACUAUGGUACUUGUCUAUGGCAAUUUGAUCCUUUACAAAAGCAGUGGAUCUCUAAUGGACAUACAGCUAGUGUCCAUACUGAUCCCGAUUGGGCUGGUAUUUGCUAUGAACAAGGUAGUUUUGGGAUAUUAAUUAUGCAGGAUAAACACGAGUAUGGUAAUUUUAUUCAAAUGAAGGAAUGGUAUACUCUGCAGUUUGUUGAUUCCAAAGAUAAUAAGUAUGCAGUAGAGGUGAAGAAAAAGAAACAGAAACGAAAGAAAAUAUUUGUAAUACAUUUUGCUGCAGGGUAUAAGGAUGCUAUUGAGCCGUAUUUAAAUGAACAUCAAAAUAGUAUAAAUAAAAUGUUAAUAUUUUAG